AUGGCUCUUCGCGAUGACUUUGAAGGAUUGCGUGGAACAAUUUUACAUCGUAGUCCUCUCCCUUCUGUUGAUUCAGUAGUACAUGAAUUGCUAGCUGAGGAGAUUCGUCUUAAGUCCCAGGUUGAUAAGAAGACUAUUGCGUCAUCUACGCCAUCAGUUUUUGCAACACCACAACGAUCUAUGCCACAUAAUCAAAGUAGGUCGACUUCGAAGGUUUUUAUUGAUGAGUGUGCCUAUUGCAAAGAAAAAGGACAUUGGAAGUCUCAAUGUCCAUUACUAUUGAACAAAGGUAAACAACAUCAGCAGCAAAGAUCUCAGUCCCCACCAUUGCAACAUCAGAAUACUUCGUGGAAAUCUAGUAAUCAACCACAGUCUGGUAAUGCAGUGGCUGCCCCCUCUUUAGAUCCAUAUAUGCUUGAGCAGUUUCAACAAUUCCUUGCUUCACAGCCCUCUGCCAUGUCUGCUUCUUCUCAUAUAGGCUUGUCAUCCUCUAGUGCAUCAGUUAUGACGGCUAAUGGUACUCCGAUGCCAUUAUUAGGUGUUGGUUCUGUUGUUACAACUUGCUUAUCUCUUUCCGAUGUCUAUUUUAUUCCUAGUCUUACACUUAAUCUUGUUUCUGUUAGUCAAUUGUCUGAGUCUGGAUAUUUAAUCUCUUUUUCCUUAUCCAAUUGUUAUGUGCAAGACCCGCAAUCUCAGAAGGUGAUUGGGAUAGGCCGUAGGCAAGGGGGACUUUAUGUUUUGGAUAAGCUUCAAGUACCAGAUGUUGCAGCUUCUAAUCUUAUUCACAUUGAUCCCUUCAGUACCGACACCGACGAAGCCUCCCCCACGACUACUCUUCCACAUGACAGCUUCAGUGAAUCUGGUAUUCUCGAGACACCAGCUCCAGCUCCACCUCCCCCUCCUGCGCCUGUUCCAUCACCUCAAGAGAUUGCGGACAAUCCUAUUCGUCGGUCUACACGUCCUCGUAAGUCUACUAGACUACCCGAUUUUGCUUAUUCUUGUUAUUCCACUUCCUUUGCUUCUUUUGUUGCUUCUGUUCAUCGUCUUUCUGAGCCUCUGUCCUAUAGAGAAGCUGUUGGUAAUCCUCUUUGGCAGAAUGCUAUGGACGAGGAAUUAACUGCUCUGCAUCAUACUCAUACUUGGGAUUUGGUACCUCUACCACCAGGAAAAUGCGCCAUUGGUUCUCGUUGGGUCUAUAAGAUCAAAACUAAAUCUGAUGGUUCUAUCGAAAGGUACAAAGCUCGUCUUGUUGCUAAAGGUUACUCUCAGGAAUAUGGCAUGGAUUAUGAGGAAACUUUUUCUCCUGUUGCUAAAAUGACCACUGUUCGUAUGUUAAUUGCUGUUGCCUCUGCUCGUCAAUGGAAAAUAUCUCAGAUGGAUGUCAAAAAUGCUUUCUUGAUGGUGAUCUUUAAGAAGAAGUGUAUAUGA